CUCCGUCAUGACCACCAGUUUCCCAAUUCUUCGUCUGCCUAGCAAGACAAUUCAAGAUGUUAUCCAAAAUAUGCCACUGUGCAAUCUACUUUCCUUCUCAUUAUGCUCCCGAGCAGCAAAAUCUCGUGUUACACAACUCAAACUUAAUGUUCAAACAAUUCAAGUUACAGUGGAAAAAUCACUCUGUUUAUUAAUUAUUAAGUCACCCAACAACGCCAAAAAAUAUUUGACAUUCUACAAUACUGGCCCAUGGAACUUGCAACGUUGCGAGUCAGUUCAAACUUCUGACAGUGAGCAUGGCAUUAAGCGUGUCUGGUUGAAAGAAGGAUUCGGAUUUCGGGACUGGAUUGAUCACAUUUUGGAAGUUUUCAAUUGCUUGGGAACACCCGUAUUUACUGUUUUUCGCAGUGCAAAUGAAGGGAACUGCAACAAUGUUUGCCGAGCACUGAACGACCUGAAAAUGAAUGUUGAGUUGAUCAAUUGUUCGGAGAAUGUUGAGCAAAGUGUCGUCGCGAUGAUUCGACACAAGAUUAUGGUAAUCUUUCGCCACGCCGAUUCUCCUUUGAUGCCAAAUCGUAAGAUGCUGAUUCAGAACUUCGGUUUGGUCUUCUAUGUCAGUGUUGGUUCAGGACGUCAUUUUACACUAAACGAUCUUCUCGUCAUGAACACUUGCCACCUGCAUCUGACAGAUUCUAAAUUGUCAUCCGAAGAUUUGAAUAUUUUUAUCAAGUCUAUGAUUAAUACGCCCGAUCAAUUGCUGGAAGAUGUUCAAUUUCUUCAAGUUUCUGAAAGACCAAAUUGGAAUAUGAAUGUUGUGCUGAAAGGCUUGCCGAGCACAUCUCCGAACGAUACGUAUCCAGUUCGAGGUAGUUUUAGGAUACGUCAAGGCGAUGAAUGGAAGCUGGUUAUGCAGUGGGAUUUGAGCGAUGCAAAGUGUUAUAUUGGAAUGCAAUUUGUAUGAAUCUUUGUUUUGUUGUAUUUUUUAAAUUUAAUUGCGUCAUAAAAUAAAAUCCU